AGACAUUGUAACAAAGUUCAAAAAUCCCACUAAUUAAAAUUAAUUGAAAAUAAGAAUUUCAAACAAAAUAGUAUAGAACAAAAUGGAUAAUAAUAACAAUAAUUUCACAUUAUUAAAUAUGAAUAAAAAUAUUUCAUUAAUUCCUUUAAUUCAUUAUUCUUUACCAUAUAAAUUAGUUGGCACAAUUUCAUUAUCAGUUAUUUUAACAGUCGGUGUUAUUGGAAAUAUUUUUGUUAUGUUAGUUUUAAUAUUAUCAUCAAAAUUGCAUACACCAACUAAUUGUUAUCUUAUUUCAUUAUCAGCUAGUGAUUUACUUGUAUUAAUGACUAGUACAACAUUAAUGGUACAAGAAUUUUAUCAACCAUAUAAUCAUUGGAGAUUAGGUAAUUUUGCUUGUCAAUUAAGUGUAUGUUUACAAUAUUUAAGUGUAGAUGCUUCAGCAUUAUCUAUAUGUGCAUUUUCUGUUGAAAGAUGGGUUGGAAUUUGUUAUCCAAUGCGUGCACAUUAUAUGUGUACUAUUAAAAGAGCAAUUAAAAUUAUUACUGGAAUAUGGAUUUUCACAUUAACAUAUAAUAUACCAUGGAUAUUUAUGAGUACUACAGUUGAACAAUAUUCAGAAUAUGGUGCAUUUGAAACGUGUACAUUUAAAUUUAAGCGAACAGCUUAUAAAGCUAUUUAUAUGUGUGAUUUAAUUGUAUUUUAUGUUUUACCAUUACUUAUUACAUCAGUAAUGUAUUGUCAAAUAAGUUGGAGGUUAUUUCGUACAGACAAUAAAGGAAUAUCUCUUGUUGGACAACAUAUAAAUUUUAAUCAAAUUAUAUCAUCAAGUAAAACAGAACGUUCUUAUGCUACGAUUAGUGAAACACAACACAAUUUGAAAUUACGUAAAGUAAUUAACAGAGUAAGAGCCAGAAGACAAGUAGUAAAAUUGUUAAUGAUUAUUGUAGUGUUAUUUGCAUCCUUCUGGCUACCAUACCGCUCAAUGGUUGUAUACAAUAGUUUUUCACUUCAUGGAUAUCAUGAUCUAUGGUUUCGCAUGUUUUCACGUAUUAUGGCAUUCUUAAAUUCAGCUGUCAAUCCAAUUUUGUACAAUGCUAUGUCACGUAAAUUUCGUCGUGCAUUAAAACGUUUAUUAAAAUGUCAUAAAGUAAUAUAAAUAAAAAUGCA